UUGUCUGGAUGUCAUCAAAUGCGAGAUGGUGCUGUGCCUGUGGAUCGAGUGGAUAUUAUGAAAAAAAUCUAAUGUUUCGCGUAAGAAAUUAUAGUUUUAUUUUGUACAUCGAUGGACUUAAUCGCCAACUGAGCAUCAUUCGCUGUAAAAUCGAUUUCGCGGAUUUAUCUUUUUUGAUAUAAUUUAUCAGUGAUUAUCUACACCCCCUCUAAUUAACAAACGCCUUGUGGCUAUGACUACGGAUUUACUAUCUGAUUUGGAUAGUCGUUUCUUCGCUGAUAACCUCCUGACAAGCGAAGAUUGGGAUGCCUGUCUGUACCAGUGUGAGAGCAUGGAGGAGGGAGAGGACGGGGAGUACACGAGAGGACCGAAAUAUGAAACAUCGUUUGACAACGAUCUCGUGCUGACCCUUGAUCCCGACAAUCCCACAUCGCCAUGGAGACACCUGGACGACAACCUUCUCACAGGGGACAGUCCCGUAUUGAAAGAUGAAAUGACAAUAACACAGCCUUUGCCAGUGGACAUGUUGUUCCGGGUAAAGGCUGAGCCUCCCUCCCCUGCCUCCUCGCUAGCCUCAGACUGCUCCCUGACGUCACUUCCAGACUCACAGAUCACAGUGAAAGGGGAGAACCCGCCCACACCUCCUUACAUGUUUGGAGAUGUGCUGGCACCACCACUUGGCACAUGUGAAGUCACGGUGGCCUCCGCACAACUGGCCCAACCACAGUCCAAACUGCCCCCACAGCCACAGCAACACCAAACAGCAGCCAAUGGCAUCGACACACAGCCACAGGCCACAGUCCACCCCACUGCGGCCACGAUUAAAGCCAGUACCAUCCUGAGCAGUAAGCCUCUCAUCCAGCCCAGGCCUGUGUGUGUAGCAGCUCUCCCCGUCCCCCAGGCUCCUAGUCCAGCCAAGGCCCUCAUACUGCACAGCCUGCCUAGCAUGGACCAGAGCAGGCCUGUGGUGCUUUCCCAGUCCGUCUGUCUGGGGUCCGCUCCAGCCAUCGUCAAAAUGGAGCCCGUCUCCCCCACAAUGCCUCACUGCCAUAGCCCCACGGCCCCCUUCCCCAGCAAACCCAUAGUCCCAGCGUCCUCUCUGCCAGGGAGCAACUGCAACGGCAUCGAUGUGAGUGUCUGUCAGUCACAUGUCAGUCAGUCAGUGAGUAGGUCUCUCUCAAUUUCUUCUUCAACCGUUGCGUUACCUCAGGCUUCACUGUUAGAUCAUACACCCAUUAACUUUCAUGCAUUCUCUCCUCCGGCCGCGUCUCAGAUGAAGGUGAUGAAGAGGCAGCAGCGGAUGAUCAAGAACCGGGAGUCGGCGUGCCAGUCACGCAAGAAGAAGAAGGAGUACCUGCAGAACCUGGAGGGCCAGCUGAGGGAGGUGCAGCAGGAGAACGAGCGCCUCCGCAGGGAGAACCAGGCCCUGAGGGAGAGGCUUGCCGGGAAAGAGGGCAGUGACUCUGGUAACAACAAGAGGGCCGUCUGCGUCAUGGCAGUGCUACUAUUCAUGACUUUCAGUUUCGGCCCCGUCAGUAUCACAGACAGGAAGCUGGAGACGGGGUUACAGGAAGAGGUGGUCCCUCACACAGGAAGACAUCUCCUGGAGUUUGAGACGGCUCAGGAACACAGCAGAGUGGAGGAAAGGAUAGAGCCCGAGGAGGAGGGAGGAGAGGAUAGGUGGAAGGGAAGAGAGGUGGAGAGGGAAUCCACUGAUUCAUACCAGUUUAGAAACCUGAGUGAUGUGUUCAGCGAUGUGAAGGACCUGGUCCUGCAGGACCUUGACCGCUAUUUCACCUCUAAUGACUGCAGGCAGUUCAACCGCUCCGAGUCCCUCAGGCUGGCGGAUGAGCUGAGAGGAUGGGUUCACAGGCACCAGAUCGACAGGAAGAAGUCUGGAGGGAAGCCAAAGAUAGUGAAAAAAGCUAAAAUAGCACAGAAAGCACAGCUAAGGAAGACAAACUUCUCAAGAUAUCUUCCCAUUCAGACCCAUCGUUCCAUUGAAAGUCAGAUACAAGUGUUCCCUGCUGGUCCAGAGAUCAGCUACAGUGACUUCAUGGACGCUAUCGACCGGCGUGAGGACACCUUCUACGUGGUCUCCUUCAGACGGGAUCACCUGCUGUUGCCAGCCAUCAGCCACAAUAAGACCACACGACCCAAAAUGUCUCUGGUGAUGCCAGCUAUGUCUGUCAACGAGAGUUUAUAUAACAAAUCCCAGGGGUACGAGAUGAUGAUGCAGGUGGAUUGUGAGGUCAUGGACACCCGGAUCAUCCCCAUCAAAGCUUCCGCUGUUCCCCCGUCCCUCCGCGACCCCCCUCCCGCUCCCCCCGCCCACCAUCACCACAGCAACCACACCUCCCUCCGAGGCCGCCACCAUCCCCACACCGGCGGAGCGGCGUCUCCACGGCAACCCUUACCUGCCAGAAGACAGGAGGCUGAGUAUUACAUCAGCCAGGGGGGCGGGGUUUGAGGUUAGUGAAGGUGAACAAAUGAGAGUGGGAUGAAAGGAGAAAGGAAAGGAAGUGGAAAACAGGAAGGAGAGGGUAAUGGGAGAUUGAAUAGGUGAAGUGAGAUGGAGAGGAGGACUUGAUAAGGGAGAGUGGAAAGGUUGUUGGAGGCAAAUCUGUCAGGGAAUUAUGGAGGCCAUCUGUACUAAUUGAAACAAAUGGUUAACAAUACGGUGCCACAAUGUUGAAACGUUGUCCCAGCAACUCAAAGCAAAUGUGUUUAUUCUACUGAAGAUUCAAUAUUUGAAUCAAUAUACUAAUAGACCAAUGAGUAAAACCCACUCCGCAAAGCUGAUCUGUUUAAUAUAAAAAAAGUCAAAUAAAAUUGAAGUUCAAUUUUUCUUUAGCAAACCUAAAAGACGUGACACCCUCUUUUUUUAAAACAUUCUAGAAUUAAAAGGUUUACCAAUGGUUCCUAACUAAAUAAUUUCUUAAUAUAUACUUUUUUUAAACCUGCCCAAACAUAGACCUAGCAGUUCACUGCACUUCGACAUAGCGCAGAAUGAAUCACCGAAAUAUAUGCAGCUAAUGGUAGUGGACUGCUCAUGGUUUCAUUUGAGGACAAUUUUUUGUAGCGGUUCCAUUUUGUAUAUUUGUGUUUAUUGCUCUCCAUUGAAAUUCCAUUCAGAGGGCUCCUGCAGAAAAUGCAGGUCAGAUGCUAGUCGUCAGCUUAGAUUUGUUUUUUGUUUGUUUCUUUUUUAUGUAAAAUGUGUUUGGAUUUGUAUGAGGAUUUAUUUAACUUGUGAUUAUUGGUUGUAAAUAUCAAUGGUAGCUGUUGUGAUAUUGUUAUUUUCAAACCUAUAUUUUGCUCUGUCCUCUAAACUACUUCUUCUUAUGGGCACAAACCUGCUGUUCCUAUACUCCAGAAGUGAGCACAUUAAUAAGUACAUGGACAGGCCUAAAUAUAUUUGCAUUGAACGCAGAAGACCACCUUGAUCAUACAGUGUGUUGUGUAUUUGUAUAUACUUGUAAUUUUCUAGCACUUGCACAAAUCUUGCAGCAUCGAGCUUGAUCCACUGUAUCUCCAUGUAAUUAUGGAGAAUAGCAACAGAUUUGGUAGUACAGAAAAAAAUCUAGGAUGUAUUAACAUCUGAAUACAUUCUCAAUGUCAUCAGCAAUAUGGUGAUGUUAAAUUACUGACACCUUAUCCAGAAUCAUCCAGGUACUCUGAAAUUAUAGAAUUGAUUGUGUUUCUUAUACACAUAUGUGAAGUAAAUCCAGUAAGCAUUGUUUUCAGUUUGUUUUUGUUUUUUACCCCCCAAAUGCAGUCAGUCUUCUGACCAAAACUGGUUUCUGAGUCUACAAUGAGAUGUGAAGUCAUUUUCAUUAGUUGCAAACUCUCUGUGAACUCGUCUUGCUCUGACUGAAGCACUGCACACACUUCUUCAGCAAGUGUAUAUGUUUGAGAUAAUAAUGCCAUUCUCACGGGAAUACCACCCAUUGUUUUUCAUUUUUAUAUAAAAAGUAUAAUAAUUCUUAUCAAAAGAAAUGAAAUAUUUAAAAAGUUUGAUAUGAAGCUGUACAAGUUUUGUUAGGGGUGUUGAGAGGUCUCUUUUUAGUUUGAUUUCAGAACCCACUUUGGCCAAUGGGAAUACAGGAACACAAUGCUACUAGUGAUAUAUAGUGAGGUGUCGGAUCCAAUACAUUUACAUGUCAAUUCACUCCCACACAAACACACUCACCACACACAUGCACAUUAUAUGUACACACACACACGGCAAAACUUUAAGCAUGAAAAUCUGUGGUUAUAAUGGUAGCAAUGUACAUUAUAUGGUCAAUGCCUCCUGUCUUUUUUCUUAUUUAAAUGAAUUUUCAUAACUUUUUUUUUUUAAUUCUCUUUCCCUGAUUAUACGAGAAGUUUGAACUGCUGCCUUUUUGUUUGUAGAAAACGAACAUUGAAUUUGAUAAAUAAAGCGAUUUUUAAAGUA